AUGAGUUCGUCGGUGGAAGCUCCUGAUUUAGUCUGCGAGCUCGAUAAUGUCCAAGGAAUCGUCGACGCACUCACCUCCGUCCGCUGGAAACGCCACCAAGACGCCGUCUUAGAAUUAUCGGAACACGGCAUAGUGAUAAUCGUCGAGGAAAUCAGUUGUCUUCAGGCCAAAGUUUAUUUACAACGCGAGCUAUUUGUUAGAUAUGAAUAUGGGGCGCAAGGGAGGCCACGAUUUGGGGUGAGCUUAGGGCUAUUUGUGGAUUGUCUCAAAAUAUUUUCAGUUCCAGGGCGCUCAAACAUCCUUGAAAUCCAGUAUCCUGGGCCCGACAUGCAACUUCUUCUCAAAUCUCUUGAUUCUCUGGAUGCUUGCCUUUAUGCGGAGAUUAGGACGAGAAUUCCAGAGACAGUCUCAUGGGACUAUAGCUUUGAACCUGCUGGAAGCAUUCCACUCAGUUUCACGGUUAAAUCUGCAGCUCUGAAGGAAGCUAUAGAUGAUCUUGAGUGGCCUGGCUCAAGCAUUCAGAUAACUUUACAGCCGGAUCCCCCAUCUGUCACCUUGAGGGGUGAAGGCCAUGGAGACUUGCAGAUUGAUUUCAGUUACUAUGCUAAUUCAGAUCUUUUGACUGCAUUUAGCUGUGAUCGGCAAAUAUCUCACAGCUACAAGUACAAAUUUCUCCGGGCAACAACUUCAAACAUCCCAAGUAGUGUUAUCAAAGACAAUCGAGGAAGCAAGUUAACUAUUGGGAGAGGUGGAAUGCUCAAAGUUCAGCACCUUGUUUCAGUUGCCAAACUAUCCGUACCACAUACCCAUGUCGAUUCAGCUGGCUAUCAGCAACCCAGCCGCAUUGCUUAUAUCGAGUUUUUUGUCAAGCCAGAGGUAGAAGAUGAUACAGGAAACGAUUCAUAG